CACACUCUCACUCACUCACAGAGCAGCACUUGUGCCACAAUGACUUUGUGGGUUACCUGAGCACCUGGGACAGAUCAGCCUAAUGACAAACCCCUUCUGCAACUCCUUGGUACCUUCCUACUUACACAGAUCUCCUUCUGGGCUUAUUGCACCCCUACAGCUGGAGGGACAUCGAGGGACCCCUCUGCUCACAUAGGUUAAUUCAGAGUUGGUGUCUCGGUUGCUGUUCCUGCUGAGGAUUUAUUUGCCAAAUAACGUUCCUUCUGUGAUUCAGUGUGGGCGAUCAGAGUAACCCUCCUGAGAAAGUGCCAAAGAUGGGGAGCAAGACGCUUCCAGCACCAGUGCCAAUUCACCCAUCUCUGCAGCUCACCAAUUAUUCCUUCCUACAAGCCUUCAAUGGACUCCCAGUGCCAGCAGAGCAUGUGCCCAACCUGUAUGGCUUCAGUGCUUUGCAUGCAGUGCACCUUCACCAGUGGACAUUGGGAUACCCCACCCUUCACCUGCCCAGAUCUUCCUUCUCCAAAGUGCCAGGAGUUUCCAGCUUGGUGGACUCUCGCUUCCAGAUUCCAACGUUCCCCCUCUUUCCACACAUGAUCCACCCCAAGCAGGAGUCCCCAAACUUGUCCAACAAAACCAAACCGAGGUUUGACUUUGCCAACUUGGCAGUGGCGGCCACUCAGGAGGAUCACUGUAAGUUGGGCCUGAUGAAUGAUCAAGGGUCUCCUCCUGCAAUGGGGGGUCUUCUUGAUGUUACCAAGCUCACCCCUGAGAAAAAGCCAACGAGGGGCAGGCUGCCCUCAAAAACCAAGAAAGAGUUUGUCUGCAAAUUCUGCGGGAGGCAUUUCACCAAAUCGUACAACCUUCUGAUCCACGAGAGGACACACACAGACGAGAGGCCAUACACCUGCGAUAUCUGUCAUAAGGCGUUCAGAAGGCAAGACCAUCUGAGAGACCACAGGUAUAUCCACUCUAAGGAAAAACCCUUCAAAUGCCAGGAGUGCGGCAAGGGGUUCUGCCAGUCACGGACAUUAGCAGUACACAAAACGUUGCACACGCAAGUGAAAGAACUCAAGCCUUCCAAAAUCAAAUGCUGAACUGACAAGCGAGGGCCACACAAUGGAAACUGAUAUUUCUAUUUAAGCAGCGGACUCUUGCGGCCUCCAAGCAGCACAGAAAGCAGUGGCCCCCCAACCUGGCACAGGGGGCCGGCGGAUAAAACUUUUUUUUCUUUUUUUUUCUUUGCUAUUGGGAACAUUGUGAGGAAGAUGAGAACAAAGCUUUGGUGGCGUUUGGGAUAAACUUUAUGCCAAAAGGUGGUGCUCUCAUGCUAUGGAGGAAUCUUCAGCUAAGGCAGCUUCCAGAUUGUUCUGCCGCACAGCGGUCUCUGGCACACUCCCCAGUGCUUGGGAAACGACAGAAUAAACGUAUGAAUUCCUUGU